AUGGACUUCUCACAAUUCAACGGUGCCGAACAAGCUCAUAUGACAAAGGUCAUUGAGAAGAAGCAGAUGCAAGAUUUCAUGAAACUCUAUUCGGGAUUGGUAGAAAAGUGCUUUAACGCUUGUGCUCAGGAUUUCACCUCGAAAGCAUUGACUACGAACGAGUCAACAUGCGUUCAAAAUUGUACAGAUAAAUUCUUGAAACAUUCCGAACGGGUUGGUGCAAGGUUUGCUGAACAUAAUGCUGGUGAGUGUGUUUAG